AUGCAGGACGCUGCUCAGGAAAGCCAUGGCCAGGCCGAACUCGCGCGCCAUAAUGUUUCCCUCUUUGAGCUGUCAAGCGAAGCCAAUUUAAAGGUGAGCAUCAUAAACGACGACCAGCAGCUGGUAAGUCACUACCAAAGCAAACUCGCAAAUAAAAAAAUGCAAAAGGUUAAAUAUUUUGAUAUAGACAUAACGGACGAUGUAAAUGACAUAAAAGAUGCCUUGAGCACCCCGAUAGGAUUGAAUGAUGAGGACCAUGAGGAAGAUUACGUUGAAUUUAAAAUUAAAAAGUUCUUGUCAUCUUGCGGGGAGGAUUCCUACGCGAGGAAAAUUCUCUUAAGCGAUAUGGACAUCACAGUGAAGUGCGUCUCCAGUGGGGAAGCUCCCGCGGGGGUGGUGGAGCUUAGCCAAGACGGUGAGAUCAGCUGAGGGGCACACCUCGAAAAGGGUUUUCCUCCCCUCAAGCUAAAAUGAUAAGUAGUAGCCUCUAUGGGGUGGAAGCAAGUCCUUAAGAUAUACUUUAAAAAGGGGAUAUUACGUCGGAUUAAACCUAACCCAGGGUGAAGAAAUAUACGCUCAGCUUAUAAAGAGGAAAAAAAAAAAAAAUUGUCAUACGUCCCGCACCGCACACAUUUUGAAGGACCGCAACCUCGUGCGACUGUUUCGCGCGACUGCUUCGUUCGACUGCUUCUUUCCAUGUUGGAAUACUGCUGUGUUUUCCAGCUGUGUGAUAUGUGCAUGCGGCUAGUUAGGUGAGAGUUUUUUCUUUCCUUCUUUCAUUCUUUCAUUCAUACUUUUUUUUUUUUUUUUUUUUUUUUUUACCUCCCCAUUUGUUUGCCACAGUCGGUGGUGAUGCCGACUGCUUCGUAUGUUUAAGUCACUCCCCCACUUGCCCAGUCAUUCCCGUUUUCCCCCCCGUACAUCUAUCAACAUGUUUUUUUUAUCAACGAUGUUUUGCCUUAUCGGCGACCUUUUUCCGCGUACCUUCUUUUGUUCUUCUUUCCGAAAGGGAUAACCUCCUCGCGCAAGCACCCUUUUUUAACAAAUGUUCUCUCGUUAAUAAUUUCCUUUGACUCGACUCCCCAUUUGGCACUAUGCGCGCCUCCGAAUGAACCCCAGGCAGCAUUUUCGAGCGGGUUAACCCCGGGGGCACGAUAAAAAAAGAGGCGCGAACUUACUCAUGCAUGUGUUCAUGUGUUCGUGCGUACGUGCAUUUCCCGGCCUGUACUUCCACCCCAAACGGAUGCACUUCAGGCGGCUGGAAAGGCGUUACUUGGGAAAAGGCGGCCUAGUUGACCAGUUGAACGUUUGCUUCACCGGAGGAGCCGAGCCGGCGGUCAAUCGGGGAAGCUACGCGAAGUGAACGCGAAGUGAAACGUGAAGAGAGGCAAACCGUGCAAGGUGACCGGAAGGCGCAUCUUGAAAGAUGUGUACGUCCAUUUGGAGCAUAGGAAGAAGCCCCUGGUCAUUACUCCGUACCUCCAAGCAGUGCGCCUCUACGCCAUUUCGACAAGGUACCCCCCUCGGCAGGCUAUUUUGCCACCCCCUUCAGCAUUUGCCCUUAGGGAAAAGGAACACUGCCAAAGAGUAGCACCUUUUUAACACCCAAAUAGGAGCAGAAAAAAAAGAAGGUAAAAUGUAAAAGUCGUCUCAACUGAGUAACUAUACAAAACGCACAUCGUUAGGGAAUUACCCCCCACCACGAGGUGUAGCAUCUCCGCUCGAAUCAGCACAGGGCUGUGCAGCGAAUGUGAGCCGCCCCAAGGAGUUCCCCCUUUGCCGCGUAUCCACCAGCAGUGAC